UUGUUGUUAUUUUAUUAUUAUUAUUAUUGUUGGUGGUGGUUGGAGUUUGAAUUUUCGAUUCGUUGGCUAGAUUUUCGUCAUUUUUUUCCAAUCAUUCAAUAGUAGUUUUAUUUUGGAUUGGAUUUCUUUCUUGUUCAUUCAUUUAUUGUAUAUGUAUUUGAUUGAUUCAUUCGUCAUUUGUAGUUUGUAGUUUGUAGUUUUUGAAAAUGGAAUAGCCAAUUUGUAAAUUAUAAGUGAUUCGAACAAAUAGAAAAUGCAUUCAGUCAAUGCAAUAUUAGCACAAACAACGAUUCGUUUCGAAUCAAAUGCAUCGAAAAUUAUUCAUCCAUAUUGGCGUUGUAAUCUGGAUUCAAUUCGUCGUGUUUCGUUUGCACAAUAUUUACUGGAUAAAUUAUCCGGUAAUCAUUCACAACAAAAGAUUAUUGAAUAUGAAACUCAAAACACCUGUACAUAUGAAGAUCUUGGCCAUUAUAUUAGACAAGCGGCAACAUUAUUGAAUAAACACAUUUCGGCUGGUGAAUUUAUCGUAUUUAUUGGACCAAAUUCAUUUGAAUAUUUAGCUUUAUAUUUUGGCGCCAUUUGUAAUGGUGCAAUACCGAUGAAUUUACCUUGUAACAAUAAUUCAUUGCAAGAUAUUCGAACAUUCAUCAUACAACAUAGUGUACAAUAUCUUGUAAUGAAUAUUGAUCAUGGCAAUGAAUUUGAUUUGGUUGUCAUUCGAAAAUUGUUAAAUUCAAUCACACAAAUCAAGAAAAUUUUUCUCUAUGGUUGUGUACACACCAAUGAUGAUUCUAUUGAUAAUGAAAAAAUUGUACAUCUAGGUGAUUGGUUAAAUUCAAAUUUGAAUGAAAUUAAUCAAUUAUACAAUCCGAUUAAUGUCGUUACCGUACCUUGUUUGGCAUUCAAUUCAAAUGGUACACAUCAAUGGCCACCAAGGCUUUUUAUUCAUAAUCAUUUUUCAUUGGUUGCCACAAGCGAAACGAUAGCCGAUGGUCGAAUUUUUGAAUUUCGUUCCAUUGAUAAAUUAUUGGUUUAUGGUUCGUUUGAACAUCUUGAAAAUAUUCUCAUGUUUAUAUCAGCCAUUGUGAAUGGAUGUAGUUUUGUAUUGCUUCCCAGUUAUGAUUAUGUUCAUAUUAUUGAUGCCAUUGUUCGAUAUAGAAUUUAUUUGGCUAUUUUACCAUCAAAUUUUCUGAUCAAAUUGCUAAAAGAUUCUGGACAUAAUGUUAAGCUUGAAUAUCUGAUCAAAAUCAUUGCAUUUGGUGGCAAAAUAUCGACAAUAUUAUGUCAAAAAUUUUUUCAUCGUUUUCCAAAUGUCCGUUCUAUUCGUCAUUGUUAUCUGAUGGCUGAAACACCAACUCCAAUAACAAUGUUGAUACGUAAUUCAAAUGAUUAUGAUUCGGCCGGAUUUCCAUUGCCAAAUACGCAGAUUAAAAUUCACAGUCUGUUCGAUUAUGAUGAUGAAAUGUUAGAAGCAAAUUGUUGUGGUUUGAUUGCCAUUGGACGUGAACGAAAUAUGUUUGCCAUCGGUUAUCUUAGUAAUAAUAGUUCUCGUAUAAUGGAAUUAAAUUUUCAGCAAACAAUGAAUCAAUCAACAGCUGAUGAACAUUAUCAUCAUCGAUGGUUAAUCACACAGGACAUUGGUUUCUAUGAUGAAAAUGGUCUAAUCUAUUUGCAUGGACAAUAUCGAUAUUCAUCAAUGGAAUUGACUUCAAUUGUUCAACAAUCUAGAAUUGAAUCCUAUCUGCUUAAUCAUCCAUUGAUAGCAGAAGCAUAUGUCAUUGAAACAACAACAGGAAAAUGUGCUGCAUUAGUAGCAUUGAAAUUUGUCAAUACACAUCUAACACCGGAACUUAAUCAACAAAUUGUUGAUUACAUCAAAGAAAAUGUUGCUGAUUUAGAUGAAUUCUUUCUAUUUGUUCAAUAUAAUAUACCAAAAACUAAUUGUGGCCGCUAUAUUGAUUGUCUAAUACGUAAAGAGAUAUUUAAUUUAAUCAAUUUGGAAAAAAAAUUCUAAUCAAUUUCAAUCAGAUGAUUGAAUAAAAAAAAUUGAAUUGUUUUAUUUAAAUAUUUUUGCUUAUUUAUAAACACAACAAGAUCCUGGAACCAAUAUAUAUGCAAUCACCAAAAUAAAAGUUAUUUUUGGCUGACCAGGAACUUAUAUAAAUAGUAUUUCUUAUAAACAUUCCAAUAAUAAAUCAUAAAUCAAUCGCAA